ACUUGCUCCCUGAAGAACAGUUCGCCACUCCGCGCAGAGAUGAGAGGGUUUACGCUGAAUAAUGUUUGCCAGUGUGGCUUAUUUACUUAUCUUGUCUUAUUUUCCUUUGUGUCUUUUACCACUGCAGUCAGUUUCGACUUGACUGAGCUUAGGAAUAAAGUUGCAAAAAUUAAAGUGAAUCCAAGAGGCAAUCUUUGGGCUACAGGACACUUCAUGGGAAAGAAGAGUGUGAUGGAUACGCCCCUGUUGCCUUCAGCGGAUGGACAGGGUGUCGAUGCGCUGGAAGUCACCCUCCCUGGGGAGCAGAGCGCCCUCGGGGAGCUUUUCCAAGAGUUUCUGCGGGUGGCGUUGCAAGCGCAGGUUGAUCCACAAGAGAGCCGCUCGAAAAAUCAGGAGGGGGACUUGUUGAUGAAGAUUUUAGAAAGCUACAUCCAAAGCAGAAAGUGAUACAGAAGAUGAAACUCUGGCAUGAACACGGAUCCGAGGUCACCUGACCUGAUGGGU